GAAAUCUUUAUUCUAUUUAGCGGUGGCGCGCACAUUUUAUUUUGAUCCAAACAAACCCUAAAAUUUCUUGUGAAUUGACUUCCUCUGGCUCGUAGUCGAAGGAGUCCAACAAAAAACCAAAAAAUUCUUGUUUGAAUCAGUGCGUAGAGUUAUUACUAAUACUCUAGCGUCAUGAUGAAACCCAACGCUUUAAUGCAGCAGCAGGAGCCUCAGGCGAUGGCGAUCCAGAAUUCGAACCAGGCUUCAUCUGCGGAUGCGCCUCCCAAGCAGGUGGCGAUGGCUAUGGACAGGCUGGCCCAAGCAGCUCGUCUCAUUGCCGACGUAAGGCUCGGCGCUGACCGGCUCCUCGAAGCGCUGUUCAUUGCAGCGCAGCCCCACCAGAGUAACAAGCCCUUGCAUUUGUUCGCCAAAGAAGACACUGCUAUGCGUCAACAUCUCCAAGACCUCCGCGCCGUUGGAAGGCAGCUAGAAGAAUCUGGGGUUCUCAAUGAUUCUCUAAGGUCACGAAGCAACUCUUGGGGUUUGCAUAUGCCAUUGGUGUGUCCAGAUGGUGCAGUCGUUGCAUAUGCUUGGAAAAGGCAACUUGCUGGCCAGGCUGGUGCAUCAGCAGUUGAUAGAACCAGGUUAGCUCUUAAGGCAUUCACAGAUCAGAAAAGGCAAUUUUUCCCUCACCUUGAUGAUGGACUAGAGGGUCAAAGUGAUGAACCUGCAUCAAAAAAGCAUUGCAGUACCCAAGUGCCACCAGCAACCCUUCAGGAAGAUCUUAGUGAUUGCAAAACAUUAUCAGAUGUUUUAACACGUCUGGAAAAAGAAAUGCCAAAUUUGAAAGUUUUCACUUAUGAACGACUAGAUUGGUUGAAAAGAGCUUCUUCACUGCCAAAUUCAACAAAUGAAAAUCCUGUUGAAGCAUCAAAAGAGCAUACUUUUCAUUCUUUAAAUAAACUAAGAACAGGAUCACAGGGCCCUGUUACCACCGAUAAGGCUGCUGUAAUUGAACUGUUGUUUCCUUCUGUCUUCAGAGCUAUUGUUUCAUUGCAUCCAGCUGGUUCUAUUGACCCAGAUGCAGUAGCUUUCUUUUCACCAGAUGAGGGAGGCAGCUACGUACAUACAAGAGGUUUUUCAGUUCAUCAUGUAUUCAGACAUAUCACGGAGCAUGCUGCAAUGGCACUGCAACAUUUUCUGGGGAUUGGGACUGAAACAGCACUGUAUUUCCUUUUGCAUUGGAUCUGCAGCUAUCAAACACUCUUUACUAAAGUUUGCAGUAAGUGUGGGCGGCUACUGGCAAUGGACCGAGAAUCAUCAUUAUUGCUACCUCCAGUUCAUCGACCUUACCGGCAUUUUUCUCCUCUGAAAGUUUCAUCAGCCCCUGCCACUUCCUCAGCCAAGGACCAGUUUCCAGGAGCUUAUCAUAUUGGUUGCUUUUCGGAGGAAUUGUAGUUUCUCUAACUUUAGCCGACUCGAUGAUGUUUGACUACUUUGAGAUGCCUAUCUGUGACUUAUGAGGCAUUUUACAGGUUCACCUAGGAAUGAUAUUUCAUUAAUCUUGGUGAGAAAUUGUAAGAAUUGAUAUCGCACAAGAUGUGGCAGAAUGACUCUGGCUUUUUUUACAUACUGUAAUUAUGAUCAAUUUUUUUUAA